GACGACCGACGAGAAGGGAAAGUCUGCACGACGUCAGCGACGGAAAGGCGCCGACUUGAAAGUUGAAGGAAUCCCCCCACCGUCCACCACGCUGUUAUCCGCCAAUUACCCUCCCUUUCACUGCUUCGGCGAACUGCAAGAUCUCUUGGUUUCUUAUCUCUGGAAGAUAGGAACUCGACCGGAGAUGCUGUCUGUCGACAGGCCCUGAUAAUGGGUAUAUAGCCGAGCUGUCUUCCGGCGUUGGUGCCGAUGGCACCGGUCGCCUUCUGUUUUCCUGCGUCACUUCUUCAGUCUUAUAUCUGGCUCUAGUCAUUUGGAAAUGCCCGGCUGGAAGAGCGCAGUGGUAGCAUUGCUGGCGUUGGCCGGCUCUGCUUUGUCUCAUCCAGGUCACCACGACGAUGGGGAUGUCUUAGUUAGCGAAAGUCAGCGAGAGGAGUUGCUGAAGAAAUGGAAUCAAGAAAUUCCUUUCGCCGGCAUCUCGACUUUUGCCCACUUGAAGUCCGUGAAAUGCCUCAUUGAGCCCGAUGAACGGUAUGAUAUCGCCAUUAUUGGCGCGCCCUUUGAUACGGCCACCAGCUACAGACCUGGUACGGGAUUUAGGUGUUUCACUUCGUUGUUAUCAUCACUCGUUAACUGGCUUUGGUUUCAUUGCAGGUGCCCGUUUCGGCCCUCGUGCAAUCCGCGCCGCCAGCGCCCGCCAGAUUCCUGCUGGAUCGUACAACGCGCGAGCAGCCAUAAACCCCUAUAUGUCUUGGGCUACUAUCACAGACUGUGGUGAUAUCCCGAUCACUCCUGUUGAUAAUGGACUUGCGGAGCGCCAGAUGUAUGAGGCCUUGCUAGAGCUCGGCCAGCGCCCGGCCGUGACACCGGCUGAAUCCAAGUACGGUACAAAAGGAAUCUCGGCUGGCAAGCCCAAGCUGUUGAUGCUUGGUGGCGACCACAGCAUUGCUCUGCCUGCCCUCCGGGCCCUCUACCAGAUUUACCAGAAGCCUAUCACGGUGCUUCACUUUGAUGCGCACUUGGAUACUUGGAGCCCGGACCGGUAUCACUCAUACUGGGUCUCGGAACAGUCUCGUUUUACACAUGGAAGUUUCUUCCAUCUUGCCGGCUUGGAAGGACUUAUCUCCAACACCACCUCUGUACACGGGGGUCUCCGCACGCGCUUGACAGGCACGGGCCUCGAAGACUACACGAACCCAGGUCCAGAGCAAGCAUUCUACCGUAUCCAUGCAGAUGACAUCGAUGAGCUGGGACCGGUGGGUAUUGUGGAGAAGAUUAUCGAGCGGACAGGCUUGGACUCGGAACAGCCCGUGUACCUCUCCGUUGACAUUGAUGUGCUGGACCCUGCCACGGCUCCCGGCACUGGCACUCCUGAGCCUGGUGGAUGGACCACGCGCGAAUUUAUCCGGAUCCUGCGAGGAAUCGAAAAGCUGAAUAUUGUCGGCGCUGAUAUCGUGGAGGUGGCACCCAGCUACGAUAACAAGGGUGAAACUACGGCUCUCGCGGCGGCCCAGGUGGCGUUUGAGAUCCUUUCCACGUUGGUGAAGGCCGGAGCAGGGAAGGAUUUAGGUGGAUGGUACGGACGCGAGGAGUCGGUAGUCGAGCAUGGAGAAAGAAAGACUGGACAAGCUACGAUGGGGGGGAGACUGUAGUUGAUCGGCGGGAGAGAGCAAGAAGCAUGAGGCAUGAGACUGUAUGACGAACUGAACUCCCUGAGAUAUGCAGAAUGUCGAAGUUGCGAGUCGAUCUUUGAAUAUGAAUAGGAAGAAUGACAGCGGCACUACGAGAAGCCAUGUCUAUCCCGAGAGUAGCUUUGACUUGUGAUGGGAUCCAUUCCAGUUAACCAAUAUCGUUGCCUGAAGUGGGUUCGGGAGUUGCAGCUGUAGCUGAAACAAUAUCAUCGGCUAUCAUCGUCUACAGACGGUAUGUGAUUGAUUCAUGCAGAUUGUGAACCCUAGGCUAG